AUGCCCGAGGACCUUGGGCAGAUGCAAGGGCUGCGCGUGCUAACCAUAGACACCGCGCCGAAGCUAUCAACGCUCCCCGCCUCCCUCACCCUCCUCACCUCCCUGCAGCACCUCAUGGUCUCUGACUGUGAGAUAUUCUCCUCUCUACCAGAAGAAGGAUUCGGCAAUCUUGCCUCUCUCCUCUCUCUCACGCUCAACGACCUGCCGCUGCUGCUCAAGCUGCCCGCAGCCGUCUCACUCCUGGCUUCGCUGCAGGUUCUCCUUCUUGCGGGCGACCUGCGCCCACGUGGGGUAGAUGGUGGUGCAGUGGCCUAUGGUGCCCACCAGGAAGAACCCAAAGGAAGGCUUGGCGCGCAGCACAGAGCGGAUGCGCAUGAUGGACCGCCGCGAGCGGGGUCGACAACAGGGCGGUGCAGCGCGACUAUGGACUUGGCGAGGCUGCGGAAGUACUUCUGCCCCGUCACGUCGUCCGCGUCUGAUGCGCGCAUCCGCGCACGCGCACAAGUCACGGAUGCGCGGAGAGGCAGCCGCGGAGGGUGGACAGCGGAGGGGAAAAUGCAGGGGGCAUUGGGUGGGGAGGAAGGAAGGGGGGAAGGGGAAUAG